CUGACGCAGCGGGUGAAGGUCCGGAAUGAAGUCACGGGCUACGUGGGCGAUGAGGCCAUGCUGCAAUGCCUCUUCCCCGCCACCAGCCCCGACAUCAAAGUCAGCCAGGUUACCUGGAUGAAGGAGAUGGGGGGCAAGAAGCAGAACGUGGCUGUCUAUCUCCCAGACCACAAGCCCAACUUCCCCUUGGACAACAGCGGCAGGAUCCGGUUUCUGAACGUCUCCCUGCAGGAUGCCACGCUGAUCAUCCAGCCCUUGCGCAUGAGUGACGAGGGCACCUACGUCUGUGAAUUCGCCACCUACCCUCAUGGCAACGAGGAUGGGGUCACCACGCUCAGCAUCCUGGCCAGGCCCACCAACACGGCGGAGUCGCGGAAGGUGGUGGCGGGUAACACCACGAUCCCGGUGGCCGUCUGCACCUCAGCCAACGGCAAACCCCCUGCCCAGAUCAAGUGGCUCUCCACCCUCCCCGGCAACUUCAAUGCCUCCGAGGUGACCAAUGGAGACGGCACCAUCACCGUCACCAGCCAGUUCAACAUGGUGCCCACGGCGGCGGCAGACCAGCAGCAAAUCACCUGCGUCAUCAGCCAGAGGACACUGGCUGCGCCGGAGAACAUCCCGGUCGUGCUGUCCGUGCUGUACCCCCCCCAAGUCACUAUCGAUGGCUAUGAUGACAACUGGUACGUGAGCCGGAGUGAGGCCGUGCUGAGAUGCGCGGCCAAAGGGAACCCCAAACCCACCCAUUACUCCUGGAGCACCCCCAGUGGGCCGCUGCCCCCCACGGUGCAGGUACAGGGCGACCGGCUGAUGGUGCAGUCGGUGGACGUGGCGGUGAACACGACCUUCAUCUGCCAGGUCACUAAUAGCGUGGGGACGACACGGGUCGAGCAGACCGUCCUGGUGCGAGAGCACCCCAUGAGGCUGCAGAGCAGUGCCGGAGCCGUGGCUGGGGGCCUCGUCGGGGGCAUCCUGGCCCUCGCCCUGCUGGGGGCUCUGGUAUUCUUCCUGCUCCGCCGGCGCCGCGCCCGGCCCCCUCUCAAGGGCGUCUAUGACCCCACCACCCGCGUCUUCGGCAAUGGGGCCGCCCCGCCCCCCAACUUAAUCUACCGCCCCGACUCGGAGCUGGACCGGCCCCUCAAGGCCACGCCGGGCGAGGGGGCCCCUGGGGAGCGGCCCGGCCCCUACAGCUAUCCCGGCCAGCGGCACGAGGAGGAGGAGGAGGAGCGGCUUGACGAGGUGGGGCCCAUGUUGCGGCUCAGCGCCCACCCCGGGCAUGGCGCUCCGAGCGGCUACGAGGAGGACGACAUGGAGUCGCAGCACGACGGGUCCAUCAUCUCCAAGACGGCUGUCUACGUGUGACCGCCCUGCCCUGGGGGGAGCCGAGACAAUGAGGGGUGAACCCCUCGCGGGCGAGGACGAGAGUGUCUGGGGAGCAGAGAUGGAUUAACUCAGGGGGCCGCGGAAACUCCCCGGGGGCGACAAGCUGCUGGGGGGCCAUGGACGCUGGACUUCUGACGCGUGAUCCCGCCAGCCCCAGGCAGUAGGCGGGUCUCGGCUGCCUGGCCAGGUGGGGGGAGAUGCGCCCUUGUGUCGGGGGAAAGGCUCCAUUGACACCCAUGUGCUGGGAUGGGGACGCUCUGCUCGGGGUGAACACAUGGGGCUGGGGACCCUGGAGUGCCGGGAAGGGGGGCAGGAUGGGGAGAUGACAACCCCCUGCCCCCCCAACAGGAAGGUUCGUGCUGAUGCCUUGUUUUUUGUACAGUAGAGUAGUUCCUGAGCCAGGCGUCGGCGUUGGGGGGGGGACUGGGGCUGUGCCGGGGUGCCCCAGCCUGGCUGGAAAUGGGGGAACACAGACCCUCCCGCUUUAAAAGAUGACCCACGCAGCUCCCUGGAUUCAAGAUGUGAUUUGCCUGAUUCUGCCCCACCUGGAAUGAGAGUGGGAGAGUCUGUGACUCCCUCUCCGUUUGGGGGGGGCUUCCCCGAGGCGCACCCUAUGUCUGUGACCUCCCAGCUUUGGGGGUGGAUGGCCCUGGGGCGCCCAGUGUGCACGGGCCCUAGGGAGUGCCAUUUCUCCCUUGUCUCCCAGUGUCUGUGUGACACACUGUUUACACCC